AUGAGUGAAAGUGAAGAUGAGAGUGUUUUAUCCGAAGACGUUGAAUAAAACGAGGAAGAACUCUAUGCUAAGAAGGAACUAUUGCGGAUUGAUGAUCUGAAAAGAGAACAAGAAAAGUUUUUGUACAAGUUAAGUUGUGAGAAGCCAGUUAAGGUUACCAGUGUUUCAAAACAGGAAUUAAAAGAUCAAUAAGUGAGUGACAAACUAUCCAUAUUAUUUGAUGAAGUGGAGGAAGAAAUGGAUAAUUUGAUUUCUAAAGCCAAAUAAUAUGUCUAAUAUAUAAACAAAAAGCAAGGUGACGAAAAUAGUUCUUUGCCGAACACAUACCUCAAAACACAACCAAGUAUUUUGAAAAAGGGAAAACUAACCGGGUAUUAGCUAUAAGGAUUGAAUUGGUUGAUUAGUAUGUAGGAGGCUGGGUUAAAUGGAAUAUUAGCAGAUUAAAUGGGUUUGGGUAAAACAAUUUAAACAAUUGCACUUUUGGGGUUCAUGAAAUAGUUCAAAAAUGUUUCUGGACCUCAUUUGAUAGUAGGACCAUUAAGUACUAUACCUAAUUGGGAGAGAGAGUUAUCAGAAUGGUUGCCAAAAUGCAGUGUUUUAAAGAUGAUGGCCACUGAAGAAUGGAGACACGAUUUCAAUAAACAUCUAAGCAAGAAAGAUUAUGAUGUUAUAGUGGCUUCUUAUGAAUGUGUGAUUAAUAAUGAAAGAAUCUUGAAUAAAUACAGAUUUGAAUACUUAAUAAUAGAUGAAGCACAUAAAUUGAAGAAUGAGGAGAGUUUGUUUUUUACAACAUUGAAGAGGCUCAGUUCUAGGUUUAGAUUAUUAUUAACAGGUACUCCCUUAUAAAAUAAUCCUCAUGAAUUAUGGAGUUUACUCAAUUAUUUGAUGCCCCAAUUGUUCACUUCAAGUGAGGCAUUUGAUUAGUGGUUCUACAUAAAUAAAUUGAUGUCUGAAAAGGAAAUUUUGUAAGAGAAAUACGAAAAGAGAAAUAUGAAUAUGAUAGAAAAGGCGAAAUCUAUAAUUUAAGCCUUUAUGUUAAGAAGGACGAAAUCUGAAGUGGCCUUGGAUAUUCCUCCCAAAAAGGAAAUACAUCUUUAUGUUUAAAUGACUCCUUUGUAAAAGUCUCAUUACAGAAAUAUGAUAUUAAAUAAGAAGGUGGUUGGAGUCACAACUUAGAAAUCGUUAAUGAACAUCCUUAUUUAAUUAAGAAAAAUCUGUUAGCAUUUGUAUAUGUUCCCAGAAUUAGAAGAUAGAGACCAACCAUCUUUAGGGGAGCAUUUGAUUGAAAAUUCAGGAAAACUGAAAGUACUCGAUAUGUUUCUCAAGAAAUUAUAUAAUGAGAAUCAUAAAGUCAUAUUAUUCUCCUAAUUUACAUCGUUGUUAGACAUUUUGGAAGACUACUUAAAUUAUAGAAAAUAUAAAUACUGUAGAUUGGAUGGAUCAACACCAAUUGAAGUUAGGGAUGAAAAUAUUAGGAAUUUUUAGAACCCAGAUUCAGAUUUGUUUAUAUUUUUAUUGUCAACAAGAGCUGGAGGAUUGGGUAUAACAUUGACUGCCGCAGAUACUGUUAUUAUUUACGACAGUGACUUUAAUCCUCAAUUAGAUCAAUAGGCUAUGGAUAGAGCUCAUAGAAUUGGAUAGAAAAAGAAUGUUAUGGUUUAUCGAUUAAUUUGUUAAUCCACUGUGGAAGAAAAAAUUAUAGAGAGACAAUAAAUUAAACUUCGAUGGGAGCAGAUGAUUAUUGAUAAAGGACAUUCUUAGAUGGUUGGAAUGAUGAAUAAGAAGGAAGAUUUGAAGAGCAUAGCCACUUAUGGAGCAAGUUAAAUUUUGAAAGAUGAACCUUACACUGAAGAAGAUAUUGAGACACUCUUGAAAAGAGGAGAGGAACUCACAGAACAGUUGAAUUAAUAAAUUGAUCAGAAAUUCAAGAUAAUUAAAGAUAAAAUUGAUAAAGUAGAACUAGGUGUUAAAUCAAUUAGAGUGUUCGAUUUCUUUAAAGAUCCAAAUAAUGAAAAGGAUCUACAAGUCAUAGAAUAAUAGAUUAAAUUGAAUUAGGUUAGUAAGUAGGUUGAAUAAUCCAAUAAAGGGGAAAUAUUGCCAUAGUUUUCUAAAUUAUGUACAGAAGUUGCUGUUGAGGCCCACAAGUUUUAUUCAGAUCCCCAAUAAUAUAAAGAAUUGAUGUAAAGAGAUGAAAACUACAAACUUUAUGAGUUAUACAAACAAAAGAACCUUGAUUUUCAAUUAGACAUUGAAUUAUUGCCUCUAACUCAAAUGGAGGAAAAAUAAUUGAAUAAAUUGAGAUAAAGUGGAUUUGAGUGGAGAGCAAAGGAAUUCGAAGUAUUCUUGCAAUCUUGUAUCAAAUAUGGUAGAAGUGAUAUUAUGAAUAUUGCCAAUAGCAUGGGCAAAACACAAAAGGAGAUUCAACAAUAUAUGAAGGUAUUUAAUCACAGAUAUGAUGAAAUUCCAGACAUUAAUAGAUACAUGGUAAGAAUUGAGAAGACUGAAGCGUAAUUAGAAUAAGAAUAAGAGUUCACUGAUCUUCUCAACAAAUUUAUGAAAUUUUUUGAUGAUCCAUUACUAGAAAUGAAUUUCAAUUAAGUGUAUAAAUAAACUUAUUACACUUUGGAGAGCGAUUAAUUAAUAGUAUAUGCAACCUAUAUAGAGGGAUUUGGGAGAUGGGACAAAAUUCAGAAAUACAUACUGAAUCAUGAGAUGAGCUUCUUUGAUAAUUAUAUGAGAUCAUUAACCAAAAAAUCAAUUAAAUAAAGAGUGCUACUAUUAUUAAAGAACAUAAAAAAGUUUGUAGAUUCAAAGAAUAAAAAAGCCAAAAAAUCUGAAUAGAUGGUAGCUAAGUAAUUGGAAGAAGCCAAAGAGGCAGACAAUGCUAAAUAGUCAAAAUCGAGAUCCAAUUCAAAGAAUAGAAGGAAAAAAAAAAGUAAGUCAGUAAAAAAAGUUACUUAAUCGAAAAAGAAGAAAACCAAGAGUCCUAAGCCUAUAAGCAGUGUGAAAUCAAAAUCAAUCGAUCAGUCUAUCAAGGAAAUGGGCAAAUCAAUACUGAAAAAAUGA